CGGUUCAGUGCUUUGAGUGAAGAGACGAGACGAGACGUCUGAUGUCUUAUCUUUGAUGUACUGUAUGUGAUAACCAUGUCACCGUUAUUUAGGUGGAAUAGCUCAUCAGUGAGAAACAAUAGGACAUGAUCACGAGUUCAUCAGUGCUAAUAGGUUCACAGGCCACAGUUUUGUCUCACAAGUAUCUUAAGGUAAUACGUUUGGAGCCCCACCCUCUCUUAGGACAGGUAUAUGUGUACACACGCGGGCUGACAGACAGCAGACUGCUGGAGAUUACUUUAAUCGAGCUUUGGAAACUGUACACUGACUGAAUUGUCAUUUUUGGGCACAAGACAGUGGAAAGUCCUGAUAUUUAGUUGCUGACUUGAAGCGACCAUGGGAAACGAGCAGUCAACACAGAAUAAACCUCAGAAGGCAAAUGCUGAGAAGAAAGCCCAAAAUGGGGAGCUGAAUGGACAUGCAGUACCAGCUCAAGAUGAAACUGACCCUGAAACAAGCAAAAAAGAAGCAGUGGAGCAAAAGAGUGAAACCCUGCCAGCGCCUGUCACAAAUGAACCCAAACCACCAGAAAAAGAGGAGGUAGACAGCAGUAAAGCCAAUGGAACCGCACAUGUGGAUGCGACCCCUGAACAAAAAACGACAGUCUCAACAGAAGCAGAGCCACCCAAAAAAGCCCCAAAGCCCAGUGGAGAUGAGGUGUCCAACUUCCUCGGUAAAAUGUUCAAAAAGAAGAGCGAACCUGUGAAACCUGCAGCAGAAAACAACGAUUCAGUUGAUGCACCGGCCAAAGCGGUGGAUCUCAAAAUCAACAUGCAAACUGAUCCAGUGGACAUAAAGAGCAGCGCAGAGCCUGAGCCAGAGCCAGAGCCGGAGCCGGAGGCUGAAGCUCUCGAACCCAGUCCUGUGGAAGCCGCAGAAGAAAACAACCCAUCAGAGGAGGUCAAAGCAGCAGAAAAGACAGUUAUGAACUUUUUCAAAACAUUUGUGACUCCCACCAAAACAAGCAAAGAAGCCAAAGCCACUCCAGAUGCUUCAAAAGAGCAGUCACAGAAAGAGACCCCACCAGCACCAUCAACAAAUGUACAGGAAGCACCCAAGGCACCUCCUCCUCCUCCCCCAGCACCACCGAAGAUGGAAAGCAAAGCAGAGCCGGCGGUGAAGAAAGAGGAAACAUCUGCAACAAAAGCAGCAACAGCAGCUGCAACAAAAGCAGAGGGAUCUGCCAAGAGCAAAACUAAAGACAGUGCAUUAAGCAAACUCUUCCGUUCAAAGCCUGUUGUGGUGGAAGAGAAAAAGCCGGUUGAGGUGCAGGUCGACGCGUCUAAGACCAGCACUCUUGAGGCCACAGCCAAACCUGAAGAACCUCCAGCGCCAAAAACAGAGGAGAAGAAAACUGAGAAGAAAUCCACUUUUGGAAAAAUGUUCAAACCCAAGGCACCAGAGUCCAAGAAGGAGACUCCAGCUGCUCCUCCCGUGGCAGAAGCUGCUCCACCCGCGAAGGCCAAAGAGGAGCCGAGACCCUCCACUCCUGUAACGCAAGGGGCCCUGGACAACAAAUCAGCCGACAGCACAGAGAACGCCUCCCCCAACAUGCCCCGCAAGCUGGAGAAGAGGAACUCCCUCCAGCUGUUCUUCAAAACCCUGGUUAAGUAGAAACCCAGAGAUUCUCCAGGGCUAGGGAUCCCACCCACACAACCGUGGGAGCAUUCACCAUCUGUGUAGUUUAACUCUUCAGUUGUAUGUAGUUUCCCAGUUUAAUGCUGUCGAGAAACAUUUCGUAAUUCUGUCCAACAUCUAACCAUCCUGAUUAUUUCGAUAUUGCUGGCUAUUAAUCUGAAAACAGUAAUCUAUGAGGUGACAAAAAUCAAGAUUAACAGUGUAUGACCACUAGAUGGCCUCAAUUACCAACCUAUCUAGAUUAUUCGAUCUGUUCCAUAGAAGCUUGUUUGUGUUGCGUUUUAAUAAAGUGGAAUAAAUAUUUACAAUUAUUUAAUUAAACAGGACACUACAAUUUAGCAUGUAAUUUUCUUUUAAUUGCAUGAAAUCUCAAUCUCAUCAUCUAAACAUGUAAUUCUAAUCUCUGUUGCGAUAUAUAACUUCUUCAUAAAUAAAAAAUAAAUACUUUUUGUCACGUAAUAAAAUUGUAUCUAUCUACAAUUAUGGUUAUUUCAAACGGGAUCAUCCCUGUUAAUGUAUCUCGGACAAAAUUGUGAUGACAGCUAAAUGAUCUCAGAUAAUAAAGCACACAAAUUCACCAAAGCUGUGCUUUGAAGACGUGUUGGAGCAAGAUCCGCUUUUGCAAAUAAAGGCCCAGUUGUCAAACAGGUUUUGCUUCAGGCACCCUUACGGACGAGCAGUAAAAAACACACACUUUCUUACUAAGUUAGGAUCACUAAUGUUGCGUUAUGCGUUGGUGUGUCUCACAGGGCCAAAAACGCCAUUCUGAUGCCGGAGUGCAAACGGACCCUGUGGCACCCGAGAAGGCCAAAUAAAACCCUGCCUUUGUUUUGAUCGCUCAUCUGUGCCAAAACCAUUGGCAGCCAUGCACAUAAGAACAUAUUUACCAAAGUUGGGAGGUAUUAUGCUGAUUUGCAAGGCCAAAGUUUGAAGUAACUAUGAAAUUAUAAUCUGAAUCUCCAUGCAUUUAGUGAGAGCAGAAGUAAGUGUAACGAUCUCCCUGUUAAGCAAGUGCUACGUGUGUUUAUGACCAGAGGGAGGAACUUGUGUUGUUUUUCACAGAGAAACGUGUCAGAGUUGUUUGGUGUGGCAUGAGAUGGAAAAGUGAAAGUGAAAAUGUUAUCCUGCAUUGAAGAUAAACUCCCUUUUUUAUGUGCAUGUUAAAAUGUUAACUAUACUAACACUACUCAUAUUGCAUCACGCAUUAAAGCCGCUGCAUUAAGAUGCCUUUUCCCCGGGAUAAAGCAAACAUCAUGUGCGUUUGCAUGUGAAAAGAAUCUAUUUAUGUAAUCAUACACUAUCUGAUUGUGAAAACAUUGACCCGUCGUCUGCUGAUUUCAAUCACUGAAACCUAUAAAGCCAAUUUGAAUUCCGCUUGAAUUCCAUGCAAAACUUCUGCAUCACUUUAAUAAAUCCAUAGAAAUCACAAGUAUUUAUUUAACAUAAUGUCAAUCAAAUAGAGCACCAUAUAUUAUUAUUCCAAUUCAUUUGGUUAUUUAAGUUCAGCCCAGUUUCUAUAUAGAAUAAUAAUAAUAAUUGUUUUCAUUUCUAAGACUGUUUAUUAAACAUAACUAACUAACUAAACCACAUUACAAUUAUUGUCUUUUUUAUUUGCUUGGCCGUCCAGUUCUGACCAGAGUAGACUAAAAAGAAAUUAAGCUAGUAAAAUAUUUUAUUUUCUUUCUUAUUUUCUGAAAAUUUUAGUUUUUAUUAGAACAGUAUGAAAUAAAUAUGCGGUAUACAGUUAUGCAAUAUAUAAUGUAUAUUCAACUCAGCUGUAAUCACAUGUGUUUUAUGAUUUUCUUCCUAAUUAUCACUACAUUUGUAAAGAAUAGAUGGGCCUAAUUCAGAAUUUAGACAAUAUCCAUGAAUCGUAGACUUUCUGUAUCUCUUUUGUUGCAUUUUUGUCUAUUUAACCAAUUUAUAAAAAUAAAAUAAUUAUUUCUCUCCUCUGUAAAA